GCGUCGGGGGGCCAUGGGCGCGACGCUUUCAGACAGAAGACACACAGGAGAAAAGCGAGUGGAAGGCAACAAUAACCCCGAAUGCAGCGAACCAGGAACCAUGGAUCUGAAAUUCCCUUCAUCGAGAAAAUACAUUUCCAUCAGUGUACCUUCCAAAUCUCAAGCUAUGUCUCCCCAUAUCAAAUCAGUAGAUGAUGUUGUAGUUCUUGGCAUAAAUCUCAGCAAAUUUAGCAAACCUACUCAAUUUUUCAUCUGUGUUUCUGGAGUUUUUAUGUUUUAUCUAAUCUAUGGAUAUUUACAGGAAUUGAUAUUUUCAGUGGAAGGUUUUAAACCUUUUGGUUGGUACCUCACUUUAGUGCAAUUUGGAUUUUAUUCCAUUUUUGGACUAAUAGAAUUGCAGUUGAUUCAGGACAAAAGAAGAAGAAUUCCUGGCAAAACCUACAUGAUAAUAGCGUUUUUGACAGUGGGAACUAUGGGUUUGUCAAAUACCUCUUUAGGAUAUCUGAAUUACCCAACUCAAGUCAUCUUCAAGUGCUGUAAGCUGAUUCCAGUUAUGAUAGGUGGGGUUUUUAUACAAGGAAAGCGUUAUAAUAUUGUAGACGUGUCUGCUGCCCUAUGUAUGAGCCUUGGGUUAAUAUGGUUUACUUUAGCUGACAGCACAGUUGCACCAAACUUCAACUUGACAGGUGUGAUCCUAAUAUCCCUUGCCCUCUGCGCAGAUGCAGUUAUAGGAAAUGUACAGGAAAAAGCUAUGAAGUUGCACAAUGGUUCUAAUUCAGAAAUGGUUUUAUAUUCCUAUUCAAUUGGUUUUGUGUAUAUUUUAUUUGGAUUAACAUGCACUAGUGGAUUAAGCCCUGCAGUAACAUUUUGCUCAAAGCAUCCAGUUCAGACUUAUGGUUAUGCAUUCCUUUUCUCCCUGACUGGGUAUUUUGGCAUAUCCUUUGUUCUAGCUUUGAUUAAAAUCUUCGGUGCCCUUCUCGCUGUAACAGUAACAACAGGAAGAAAAGCAAUGACCAUUGUGCUUUCUUUUUUGUUCUUUGCAAAGCCAUUCACGUUACAGUACGUGUGGUCAGGCUUACUGGUUGUCCUUGGUAUAUUUCUUAAUGUUUACAGUAAGAAUAUGGACAAAAUCAAACUGCCUUCACUGCUUGGUCUUUGGAAAAAACGUGUGGAAGAAAGAAAAUCAAGGACGUUGUCACAAACUGUAUAGACAGUGGUUCAUGCCUUGUCUAGACUUUGACUUACUAUUUUAUUGGAACAGUCUUCAACUGAUUCACUUUCCAAAGGGAAUGUUAUUAAAACCAAAGGAGCUGAAGGCAUAUUGUCUGCUUGCAGAUUGCUAUAAAUGCACAUUUUUGUGAGCCCUUUCUUCAGAGCACUUGAAUUCAUCACAAAUGGUUGUUGUAGGCCAUUGUCACACGGUUUUAUCGGCAAUGAAGGACAGCAGCUCCUGGCAAACUGCUGAGAAGCUGCACUCAAGUGGGACACAGUAGAAGACUAGUUUGGGCAUUUUAAUAAUAUUAGCCAUGUGGCUGAUCUGAGAUUAGUGGUUCUUUGUUAAUUGUCUAGGUGGGGUAAUUUAAAUGUAAUACUGUAUUAAUCACCAACUGGUUGACCAAAUUGUGAAUUUAAAGGUGAAAGGUUUGGAAUACAGUAUGUCGUCUCUCUUUUACAUUUUAAAUAAAAAUGUUGGGGUUUUUUUAAGUUAUUGUUUAGAUCAUCACAGAACUUGAUAUUUAUUGUAAUAGUUGAAAUUUUUAUGGAAAUCCUAGUGUUACUCUUUUUGAGUAUUGCUUGCAAGCAACAAAACAGAUUUCGGUUUUUUUAGUCAACACUCUUGCUAACAGGAAGUGGGCUUUUAGGCCUGAAUGGGGUGAGAUUGAAACUGUGGUGUAAGAAACUGUUACUUGCUUCAUCUGUGGUGAAAUACAGAAUUUUUAGUGGCCUGUGGCCCUCUCUAUCAUAGCAGUAUAAAGGGACAUGGAAGUUCUCCUUAAAUUCAUAUCAUCAAAUCAAAAUUCUUCAGUUUCAA